CUGAAACUAAUAGACAUAGAAGUCUAUUUUUUGAGUUUCUGAGUUGCAGUGCGUCAAAAGCUAUCUAUGGCUAUUGAUUCCUUGCAAGUUUUAUCUGUGUUUUCGAGUUACGCGUCCCAAAAAGCCCUCCGGAGUCCGGACACUCGAGAGCCGUGGCCCAAUAAGGGAUGGAUGACAGCAGAGAAAAAGAACGGGACAGGUCGAGGCGCGGUGACAGACCCUCUAGAUUCUCCGAUGCAACUCGGGAUAGAUCCGGAGAUCGGAAUCAUCACUCUGAAGGAAAAAGAUUAUUUGUUUCUAACAUACCUUACGAGUUCCGAUGGACAGAGUUAAAAGAUUUGUUCAAAGACAAGGUUGGAGAUGUUGCUUAUGUAGAAUUAUAUCAUGAUGACAAUGGAAAGCCAAAAGGUUGUGGUGUUGUUGAAUUCAAUACUACAGAAGCCAUGAAAAAAGCAUUAUUUAUAAUGCAUAGAUAUGAAUUAAAUGGGAGGAAACUUGUUUUAAAAGAAGAAACUGGGAAUGAACGAAGCCGCUCUAAUAAUCCACGAUCGGGUGGUAGCAGUGGUGGAGGUGGCAGGAAUAAUCGUGAGGAUAAAGAAGGAUGGAACAUGAAUAAACCACGCCAACCGGAAAAUUUCAACACAUAUGGGUUAAGUCUUCAAUUCUUGGAGUCUAUUAAUGUCCAGCCUCCACUGAUGAAGAAAGUUUUUGUUGCAAAUCUUGACUACAAAGCAGAUAGACCAAAAAUCAAGGAGAUUUUCAAAAUGGCUGGAAAAGUUCGUAAUAUUGACUUGGCAGUUGAUAAAGAUGGCAAUAGCAGAGGCUUUGCAGUCAUUGAAUAUGAUCAUCCUGUUGAAGCUGUUCAGGCUAUUUCAAUGUUUGACAAACAAAUGUUGUAUGAUCGAAGAAUGACAGUCCGUAUGGACAGGGGCUCAGAUAAAGUAGAAGUGAGGCUGCCUGAAGGUUUGAAGAAUAUUGGCCUAGGGCUUGGCCCUAACGGUGAACCUUUAAGGGAUGUUGCAAGGAAUCUACCACAGCCAGCACCAACAAAUAAUUUAACAAAUCUAACAAAUGCAGGCACAAGUUUAGGGGCGAGUGUGUUGGGGGGUGUUCCAGCCGCCACUGUUGCCUUGAAUGGUUUGGGGCAAAGUCUCACUGCAAAUACUUUGGGAAACAACUCAGGUCUUGGCGGAGGCUUGAGCUUACAGGCUCUCGGCUUAACAGGCCUUGGAGCACUUCAAAACCAGUUACUGCAGCAAGGUAUUACAGCUAAUGACCUCGUGAGCUCAGUGUUAACGCAAGCACAGGCGAAUGUUGGCUCAAACAAUUUGGGAAUGGGUGGACCUGAUCUCUCUUCAAAUGUUAUGGCCAACAAUCAAAUGUCAAAUAAUGUGCUUGGCCCAAAUAAUAACCUUGGCAGCGGUCCUCUUUCAGGAACCAAUAGGCAGAUGCAACACAGUAAUGUUUCCAGUGGCCAGGGUUAUGGUAGAGAGAAUCCUAUACAAACAUCUUCUCGAGACAAGCAAUCUGACAUGGUCAUCAUCAGCAAUCUUCCACCAACAGUAACUUGGCAGUUAAUUCGUGAGAAAUUCAGUGAAUGUGGAGAAGUAAAGUUCGCGGAAAUGACGUCAUCAGAUACAGCGAUUGUACGAUUCCAUAAAGAGUGGGAUGCCGAGAGAGCUGUCAAAAUGUUUGACAGAACCAGAAUUGAUGGAAGGACUAUUGACGUGAGGUUCUUCUAAUCGCUGUGUAACAAGGGUUGUCAUAUCGAAGUUGGUCUAUCGGAAAACAUCUUUCGUCGUCUUUGUCUGCUUGCCGCAGCUGAAGUUUUGACCUUUGGUUCAAUUGACAUUGAUUCUUGAAUUAAUUGUAUUUAAGUUUAGAGUAAGACUAGACCUUGAUUGUUUUCCUUUUUCAUUUUAAUUUUUGUAAAACUAAUUUUCUGCAAAGUGGUUAUUACCUCAUUUCGUUCAUCUUCCUUUGUCGAUUGUCGCUGACACUUAGGGAAGUUGACCUUCUCGGAUAUUAAUAAAAAACUUUUAUUGACAAUGUUUUAAGACAAUGCUCAGGCCUAUUGUAGUUUUAUACGGAUGGGUUGCACGGAUGGAAAUCGGCAAUGUCAUUCCGAUGUUUGACAUUUGGCAGAUUGCAUAUUGGUUUGGUAAAUUGUCAGUGUCGAUUGAUUCUGGUCAUGUGGUCUAAUUAAUCAUUCGGUGUUCGGGACUAUACCCAAAGCUGGAUAAAGUACUAGCAACAUUGUAAAAUUUUUAGAAAAUUUGUAGUUUAAUUAUAACGUCUAUUAAAAGUGAAAACUUUGUUCUAAAUCUUUUCUUAUUAUUAUUAUUGUGAAAAUUAUUUCUUCGUCGCAACACAACCGAUUUACGUGGUAUUUCCAUGGAGACAUCUGAUAGAAAAUUAUAUAAGAAAGUGUAGCAGCGUAAUCGUAAACCUGAUAAACACGCAAUUUCAUUCCGUAUAAUAUGUAAUACAUAUAAUGGUUUUAAUUUAAACAGAGUUUCGUACAAUUGAGACAUCUACACAUUUUUAUCGUAGCAAAAAAUCUUUCACAAACUUCGACCCGUUUUCCCGUCCGUGUAAAUUGCGAACGGCUCUCGCGCUUAUGAAUAAAUCAAUUUGAAUAUUUCUAGAAUAAAAUAUGAAUUUGCUGUCAAAUAUCUUUGAUAUGUAGUCAAUAAACGGAUGCUUUUAAA